AUGUCAGUACAUCAGGGAACGGGUAGAUUCGGCAUGGACUACUGUCUAGAAAAGCCUCUCACCUUGGCCUGCGGGCUAACCAUUUCCAACCGGCUUGUCAAGGCUGCUAUGGCAGAAGGACUGGGUCGAAAGGAUACAAGGAAUCUACCCGCAGGCAGAGAGUGUCUGGACGUGUAUGGAGAAUGGGCAAAUGGGGGCUGGGGCCUCGUCAUCACAGGUUCGACCACCUCUCGGUCUCUUCGCGUCAUCGAGGCCAUCAUUCGCUCGAGCUCGCUGACUUUCUGUACAGGAAAUGUUCAAAUUGACCCAUCACAUCUUGGUGGACCCGAGGACUUUGCUAUCGACAGCACACUUCCUUCUCACACGACCCUCGCAGCGUACGCUGCAUGGGCGCACGCAAGUUCGCGCAAUAACACCAAAGCCAUUGUUCAGCUAUGCCACCCAGGCCGGCAAAUCGCAUUCCAUAAGCGCCGAACCAUUGCUCCGAGUGCUGUUCCGAUGAACUUCGGCGACUCACUUGGUCCAAAUUUGCUCAAUAAGCUCGUGUUUGGCACGCCCCGUGAGAUGACGGCCGAAGAGAUUCGAGACGUGAUCAACAGAUUUGCAGGGGCAGCCCGCAUUGUGGCUGAUGCAGGGUUUGCCGGUGUAGAGCUGCAUGGCGCCCACGGGUAUCUACUCACCCAGUUCCUCUCUCCGGCUACCAACUUGCGCACCGACGAGUACGGCGACAGUGCUGCUGCGCGUGCUAAGAUCGUAGUGGAUAUUAUUCAGGCAAUCCGCCAAGUUGUACCAGCAAAAUUCUGCGUUGGUCUGAAGAUCAACUCAGUGGACGUUGGCAGCAAGGGCGCGUUGGCGGAGUGUAUUGACCAGCUGAGACUGAUCACCGAAACCGGUGGGCUUGACUUCCUAGAGGUGAGCGGAGGCAGCUUCGAGAACCCGACCUUCAGCACCGGCGUUGGAGACGCCACAAACACGGGCGCCAAAGCUAGCACUCUCGCGAGAGAGGCAUUCUUCCUCGACUUUUCGACUGCCAUUCGCAAGGCCCUCUCUAGCGUGCCUCUUCUCCUUACAGGCGGCUUCCGCUCACGCAAAGGAAUGGAGGCAGCUCUCAAGGGUGGAUGCUGUGAUUUGGUUGGACUUGCACGACCGUCAGUGUUGGAUCCGCUAUUACCACGACGAAUUCUUCUGAAUAGAGUUGUACCGGAUGAUGAGGCCAUGUUAAUUGCGACACGAGUUCCUGAAAGCAACAUGGCCAAGAAGCUCGGAGUAAAGCUGCUCGGCGUUGGUGCGGAAAGGGUGAGCCUGAACAAGAGAAUCUCUCGCAUGUGUCUAAGUGCUGACUUAUCGAAAUGGGAUUGGUACAUCGAACGUAUGCAUCGAAUCGGCUCCAUCAAGACAUCGACGUUGAUUACGGCCGCCGAUACCAAGAUCGGCAACUCAAUCCUUCGUCGAUUUCUCUCGCAACGAGGCCUUGCACAAUCACAACAUGGCAUCUAUUUAGCUGGGGACAUUGCUGAUGUCAAGAAGACGCUUCUAGAGAAUGAAAGACCACAACACUCUUACGAGACGAUGCGUCUGGAUCAAUCCAGCGUCGCAUCCGUUCGAAGAGUGGCAAGCGACAUCAACAAACGGGUGGCAGCCGGAUUCAUGCCGCCGAUUCAAGCUUUGGUAUUGACCAGCGACCAGAACCAGACAGCUAACUUCCUUCUGUGCCUCUUAUUGUUGCAAAGCAUGGACAAGAACCGCGGCAGGAUUAUAGCAGUAAGGAGCAAGCCAGACAGCGCAAAUCGUCUCGAUGAAGAGACAGACUCUGCUUCCAAGUUGGACGAGUCUAGAAUCUGGCCGGCCCAACUUAAAAGUCGCUUGGCUGCUGAUCCAGCAUUGUGCGAUAUUUCUGUAGCAGAGGUGAUUUCCGAAAUUGGCUAUUCAGAAAGCGGUAGAGUAGAGAACUGGCUAUUGUUUGCAGUGAUUUCGAAUAUCAUGUGGCUUCUAUCAGCGAUCGUGUCAUUCGUUUGGCCGAUGCAUGUCGCCGAUGGGUCGGUCGCCCGGGACGUGGUUCGCGCAGUUGGCGAAGACGUCAACAGCGUUCAUCUAUGCGCCUUGGCUGUGUCUGAGAAAGAUGCCAUGGCUGAUGCGGAGAGAUACGAACGUUCUUGGCAAGAUGCAUGCAUGCGGGCGGAAAUGCAAGAGGGGGACACAAUUUUGACAGAUUGGCGAUGA